AUGGGAGGCAACAGUGCAGCUUCAACACUUAGCUAUAGAUCUGGAAAUUAUGAUCCUCGUGACGGACCAAAUAAUGCGUGUGAUAAUAAUACUUUAACAACGUAUACAAAUUAUGGUACAUAUAGUGCUAAUAGUGUAACCGAACGAUGUGGAACACAAACAGGGUUUUAUGUAACGUUAAAAAGAGGUUCGUCAGUUGUUAAAGGAUUACAAUUUUGUGCUGAGGAUGUUAAUGUUGCUCGUGAUCCAAUUUUAAUUACGUUAGAGGGAAAUAAUGCGAUCGGAGCCAACCUUACUGUUGGACGUAAUUGGAUUCCUAUUUACAGCGGAAGUAUUGGUUUUGAAUAUGGUCCACCGAGACUUUCAUGUGGAUUGAUUUAA